AAAACACACAGGCGCUUCGCCACCACCAGGGAAGCAGCAGUGUUGUUGUGGAACAUAAAAUCGACCAAAGCCUUCCUCUACGGUGUUUCUCCUCUACGUUGUGCAUUUUUUUGAAAAUCAGGGCUCCGUGCGCUGGACGGUGACACACCACCAUGGACCCACGAAAAGUGGCCGAACUGAAGGGCUUUGUGCAACUAUGCGAGACCAACCCGGAGAUCCUGCACCUUCCAGAGAUGAGCUUCUUCCGGUCCUGGCUGCAGAGCAUGGGAGCAACACUUCCUCCUGAGGAGAAGAAAAAGGAUUCAUGUCAGAGUGGCUGUCCCUGUGGUCCCCCUCCUUCAGCAGCUUCACCUCCUGAACCUGAGCCCGCUGUGGCGUCUGAGAGUGAGGAGAGUGACAUCGAAAUCGACAACGAGGGGGUGAUCGAGCCGGACCUGGUUGAGCCACAGGAAAUGGGCGAGUUUGAAAAUGUUGAGGUCACAGAAGAGAUGAUGGAUCAGGCCAACGAGAAGAAGGUCGAGGCCAUUAAUGCUCUUGGAGAAGGCGACCUGCAGAAAGCUCUGGAUCUUUUCACUGAAGCCAUCAAACUGAACCCCCGUGUAGCAAUCCUUUACGCCAAGAGGGCGAGUGUCUUCAUUAAGAUGCAGAAACCCAACGCAGCCAUCAGAGACUGUGACAGAGCCAUUAGCAUCAACCCAGACUCUGCUCAGCCCUACAAGUGGAGGGGAAAAGCUCACAGGCUGCUCGGUCACUGGGAGGAGGCUGUCAGGGAUCUGGCUACAGCCUGUAAGCUGGACUAUGAUGAGGAUGCCAGCGCGUUGCUAAAGGAGGUCCAGCCAAAGGCUAAUAAAAUCGUGGAGCACAGACGCAAAUAUGAGCGUAAGAGGGAAGAGAAGGAGAUCAAAGAGAAACAAGAGCGCAUAAAGAAAGCCAGAGAGGAGCACGCACGCGCUCAGAGGGAGGAGGAAGCACGGCAGUCUGGAGGAGGAUUCUUCCCAGGUGCCGGUGGUUUCCCAGGUGGAGCUGCUGCUGCUGGCAUGCCUGGUCUCAGCGAACUUUUCAAGGAUCCCGAGCUGCUCAACGCCAUGAAGGAUCCUGAGGUGAUGGCUGCCUUCCAGGAUGUGGCCCAGAACCCGGCCAACAUUUCCAAGUAUCAGAACAAUCCUAAAAUCAUGGCCCUCGUCACCAAGCUGAGCUCUAAAUUCGGAGAUUCCCCGCAGCCGUAGACGACUACGAUGGUGGGGGUGGGGUGGGGGGCCAAAACUGAGCCGAAGACGUGGUGGAGCAAUCUCAAGAGCGACGCUUUUCAACAAUUAUUCACUGUGUUUAGUUAAAACAGGGAGGAGCUGACGGUGGGUGAACUGGUGAGGCGACGGAGAAAGAUGGGUGACGUUUUAUUAAUGUUCUUAAUCAGCCUGUUUAGACUCAUGUAAUCAAAGCAUCCCGACGGUUAGGAAUCAGCUCCGCUACGUGGAGAACCUCAAAGACGUGUCUCAGCCGGGACUUAGUUUAACCGCAGGUCGACUUUUUUUAAACGUGCGUUUGAAACAACUGCACUGCGAGCCCCUCCGUUAAGACACUAGCAUUUCUACAGCCAUUUAAUACGUGGUUUAACCUCUUUGUUCCCUCUGUGAACACAGCCGAACUCUCACACGGGGGAGCCGGCACGUUUUGUUAACAGAUCUGUUAAUGCAAAAAAUUAAAGUGUUGAUGUUUCACCCUGUUGGAAAAAAUAUUCACAAUAAAAUCUCUUGAUGCAAAACAAACUUA